AUGGCGGAGGAGGACUCUGCCAGCCAGUCCAAAUCGUGGUUCCCUGCGAUCCCCUUGCCCAUCAAGCGUGUCUUCGACCAAUUCCCGCUUGUGACAUAUCCGCCCAACACGGCGCCAGCCAGCAGCAGUAUAUCGAACAAGCUGCCAGAUGAGCACCGGUUGUAUGUGUUCACAAGUCCACAGGCUGCUAGGAAGGGGAGGCCCUCAAUGAACCCGCAGUGUCUCAAGUGGCAGGCAUAUCUCAAGUUCUGCGGCAUACAAUUCCGUACAAUUCCUUCCAAUAACCAUGCAUCUCCAAACGGAGCCUUGCCUUUCCUUCUCCCCACGCUUGGGGGUAUCCCCGGGCCAGACUGCGUCCUCCCCGUUCCUUCCAACAAGUUACAGCAAUGGGCAGAUGAGCACACCAAUGUCGACCAGGAUAUGGAUGCCGGUAUGAGAGAGCAGGUAUACACUUCGCUGUUAGAUCAUAGGAUACGUGACGCUUGGCUCUAUACUGUCUACUUAGAUAGCUCCAACUUCGAGUCCAUCGCAGGAAAAGCAUACGUGAAUCCUUCGACAACGAACCCAGCGGUGCGAAUGGUACUGGCAUAUCAGCUUCGCGAGGCGGCCAGGAGCCAGCUGCAACGGGCGUCUCCCUAUAUCGACGCAGACGACUUACUCGCCGAAGCAAAGAGUGCCUUCUGUGCUCUUUCUGUCGUUCUAGGGAGUGAUAACUUCUUCUUUGGCAGGGCCAAACCAGGCUUGUUUGAUGCCAGCGUUUUUGCAUAUACCCAUCUUAUACUCGACCAGACGCUCGGGUGGCAGCGUAACCCGCUGGCAACAUAUCUCAGCCGACAUGAAAACCUUGUUCAACACCGUCAACGACUCUUGGAUACUUACUUCUAG